AUGAUCAGGCUGUGGCUAGCGGUCGGUUCUCCGUUUACCAAUAGAGAUAUUCCAAACAUUCUAGUGAUUGUGAUUACUUUUAUGCUAUUUCUACUACACACAAUGAUGAAUACUGCGAACCACUUGAUGUUAAUCUGCUUUAAGGCCUCGCCCGAGAAGUUCAAAAACAUCGGAAAGCAUACGGAUAACAUGAGAUCUAUUCUCAUGUCCACUUGUAUAGUAAUAAUAAUUUUCAAUUUUUUCAUUCCAAUCUGGCCACUAGAUAUGAAAGAGUAUUUUACUCUUACUUCUCUUAUAUUUUUAUCAGUAUCGCGCGAGGCUGUGUGCGCAAUUACAAAACGAAUCGAAAUGUUCAGGAAUAAGGAAAUAUGGAUUUUAUCUUACUGUUAUGUUUGGGAAUCAGCACCUAUUCAUAGAGAUAUGAUAUUUACCAUGUUCUCAGAACCCAUGUGGAACAUGGAUUAUACGAAGUUUAAGAAGUUAGAAAAAGAUGGAAAAAUAGGACGAUCGUUUCUAGAUGGCGAAGAUGUCUUUCCUUAUUUAUGCUUCAAUUUCUGUAUUGCUCUCUUCUUAGAAGUUCGAGAUUAUUACUUGGCCUAUUUCCAAAUCCCGUUAAAUCCUGCGAUCUUAGAGCCAAUUGUCAAAGAAACUAAUGAUCAGUCUUCAAUCGUAUGAAGUCAUGUUUAAGGCGGCAGACUCAUUUUUAUCGAUCACAUUUCAACUGACUUUAACCUAAAUUUUGAGAAUGUCUUAAAUUUUACAAAUCAAUUUUACAA